CCCAUUUCCGGUUCUGCUUGCAAAUUACUGUUGAGGUUGGUUGGUGAUUUGAGACGGUGUAAAAGGGCCCCUCCUAAACAGCAAUCCUGGAUUCCCCCCUGGACCGUGGUUCCUUGAUGGACACCUCGGAACCCAGCAGUGCGACUGAGGAAGAAGAGGAGAAAACAACAGUUGAGAGCCGUCCAAGGACCCGGUCCAACCCCGAGGGUGCCGAAGACCGCACCCUGAGUGCCCAGGCGAGCGUGGGGAGCCGCAGCGAAGGGGAAGGGGAGGCCGCCAGCACUGGUGACAGCCCACAGAACGUCACGGCUCCUGCUGCUGAUGGCAAGGGCUGGCCAACCCCGGUGCCCCCCACUGAGUUCCAAGUCAAGACCCCACGGGUCAACUGCCCUGAGAAAGUGAUCAUCUGUCUGGACCUGGCCGAGGAAAUGUCCUUCUCCAAACUAGAGUCCUUUAACGGGUCCAAAACAAACGCCUUGAACAUUUCUCAGAAGAUGAUAGAGAUGUUCGUUCGGACCAAGCACAAGAUCGACAAGAGCCACGAGUUUGCGUUGGUGGUGGUCAACAAUGAUGUGACUUGGCUCUCUGGCUUCACCUCUGAUCCCAGAGAGGUCUGCAGCUGUUUAUAUGACCUGGAGACAGUGGUUUGCAAGACAUUCAAUCUGGAAGGACUUUUCAGCCUCAUACAGCAGAAGACGGAGCUUCCUGUGACCGAGAAUGUCCAGACUAUCCCACCGCCAUAUGUGGUCCGAACCAUCUUGGUGUACAGCCGGCCAGCCUGCCAACCUCAGCUGGUUGUGACGGAUCAGAUGAAGAAAAUGCUGCAGUGCCCUUACUUCUUCUUUGAUGUGCUUUACAUCCACAAUGGUGUGGAGGACAAAGAGGAAGAGACCAGCUGGAAGGAGAUGUGUGCCUUCUUCAGCAACCUUGACACCAAAGGCACCAACUACAAGUACGAAGUGUCCCUGACUGGCCCUGCUGUGGAACUUCACAACUGUAUGGCCAAGCUGCUGGCCCACCCUCUCCAGCGCCCCUUCCAGACCCAUGCCUCUUACAGCAUGCUGGAGGAAGAGGAGACGCCGGAGCUCGAGGCCAUCGUCUAACACAGACUGAGGGAUGGGAUGUGUAGUUGGGGUUGUGAUGGAGCCUCUCUCUUCGCAAGUGGGCUUCUGGCCUGGAAAUGUGACUUCUUUUUGUGAGAUUGCUUGGUUUGGACAAUGCUCCUCCAUUGAUUUAAGUUUUCUAAUGUUGCAAGGAAACUGGGGCGGGGGGAGUACAAGGGGUGAAAGUUCUAGAAGGUUCCAGGGGAUAGAAGGGGUGAAGAAGGUUGUAGGAUGAGAAUCGGCCCUUGUUGUUCUCGUUCUUGGCAAAGGAAAUGUUCGAGGGUUGAGCAGCUGAAGCAUUCUUCAGAUGCUUUGUUCAUUUGUUGGUUCAUCCAAUGUUAAAUAAAUUUUCCUUACAAAGAUUGGGGAAGGAAAGCAGAAGUUUCUCGGAAGUGUUUUAUUUAUUUGGUCUGUUUGUUCCCAUGGGGAUCCAAAGUGGCCUACAACUCUUCCUUCGGGUUUAUCCUGUCAACAUUAACCCUG